CGCUUUCGUCAUCUCCUAAUCCUUAUCUUAAUCCACACAACUCACAUGCGCGAUCGCCAUCCGCUACAAAUAUGCCAUCGGCUGUCCUUUCACAAGCCCCGCCAUCUACGCGACCUGCCUCAUACCAUCCGCCAAGUAACACUUCUUCAAAUGUCUCACAGCUGCCGUCAGCCGUAACGUCACCAGUACAAUGGGUCACAAAGAACGAUCGGGACGCCUCAUCGAAUCGACUUUCACCGGCAUCGCAGGUGGUAGCGCCUGCGGCGACGCAUUGGGUCACAAAGAAUGGCGGGAGCUCGCCUCCAAUUCAAUUUCUGCCGCCUUCACAGACCUAUCAAAGCUCGUUGGCCAGUUCAAAAGCCGAACUGAUAAUUGGUAUCGACCUCGGACCUGCGACCUCGUCGGUAGCCUUCGCAUAUGCAACCAACACCGAAGCUAGAGAAGAUAUCAUAACGGAGUGGCCAGGAGCUGGGCACCAUACAAAACCCAGGAUUCCCUCGUCGAUAUACUACGACACCUACUCGAACGUCAUCGGCUGGGGCCCGGACACUGCCGACGCCAUCGAGCGAACUAGAUAUCCCAGAGGCGUAACAACUAAAGUAGAAUGGUUUCAUGUGUAUCUGCAAUUAGAAGGCGGGAACCCCUACCUCGAUGCAAAAUCCAUGCCGCCCCUUCCAGCUGGAAAGUCUGCUGUGGAAGUAGUAGGCGAUUAUCUUUCCCGCCUGCGCGAAGCAACUCUCGCAUCCUUAGUGAAAUCGCUCGGUCCGAGAAUCCCUAACGAUGCAUCAAUCGUUCGAUACUACUUCUCUCAUCCUCCUAUAUGGAACGAGGGUGCAAAAACGGCUUUCAGAAGGGCUAUUGUGCAUGCUGGAUACGUGCAAGAUGUGAACGAUCCCCGGGUAACUCUCAUGUCGGGUCCUGAAGCGUCAGCACAUUUCUGUUUCAAAACUGGCUUACUCAAUCUGAAGCAGCAUGACGCAGUACUAAUCGUAGAUUGUGGUGCGAGUUUUGUCGACCUUGUUGCAUUGGAAUUACGCAGCGAGUCUCCGUUCAGGGUUCAGGAGUGUACGGGCAGUAGUGGUGAUGCUUGCGGAUCUAACGCGGUAAAUCGGAACUUCUCCAACAUCCUGCGAGGUAAAAUCCGUAAAAUGGGACUGCCAGAUGGAUCUAAGACUGCUGGCAAGAUCUACGCAAAGUCUAUCAUGGAGUUUGAAAACCGUAUCAGGACCGAUUUCAGGAACAACGGUCAGAAAUGGGCGGCCGAUGUCGGGAUUGAGGCUGAAUUUCCCGAAGCAGGCAUCGAGGAGGGAUACAUGACGUUCACAAAUGAAGAGAUCCUUGCAUCCUUCGAGCCUGUCGUCGAGAGAAUCUUUAGCUUGAUCAAUAAUCAAAUCAUCGCUAUCCAAGCAUGCAACAUCAAUUUAAAGUACAUGCUCAUCGGCGGCACUUUCGGUUCUUCUGAAUAUCUCUUUCAGCAGAUCAAAAUGCAUGUGCCAUGGAACGCUUGUACCGUUGUGCGACCGAUGGAUAGCGAGGCAGCUAUCGUUAAGGGUUUGGUCGCUGCCGGAAUCACGGACAGAUUGACCAGCUUCAACUCCGACAUCCUGCCGAAAUGCUCCGUAUUCUCUCAGCAGAGCUACUACCUCUCCGUCGCAGAAUUCUUCAUCCCAGGCAUUCACCCGGAACGCUUCCGAUUGCAAUGUCCAGAUCAAGAUCGCUGCGCCUAUGGCGUUCGAAAGGUACUCAGUGCUGGAAUGCAACUUCAACCAGACCAAAAGUUCUCUAUCCAGACUUCCAAAAUGGUCAAAUUCGACCACGUUGGCUCGCUCGUACUAGUGGAUAAGCUCUGGUCGGCUGAUGCGGACUUGCAACUGGACCCAUCGGGGAAAAUAUAUAUGUACGAGGAUGAUCGAGGUUUGGACACAGUUGAGUGGGGCAUACACUAUCAACACCAUUUUUUCGAUCAAGGCCUCCAGCAUAGUCUCAUCCAGUGCGCCGCGGAGAUCAGAACGGAUUUCACGGACAGGAAUCCGGAUGCUGAGUUUCGGAAAUUCAGGAAUGAUCAAGGGAUAUGGUAUCUCAUUGAAUAUGAGAUCGACAUUAAGUUCCCGCAGCUGGAAUUUGAGGUAUUCUUCAAGGGUCAGCGGGUCAAUAACGUCUCUUCCAAGGUUCGCCUCCAGUAGGUCAGGCUUCCUGGUAGAUCCACGACUUUUCUCCUUUAGAUCACUUUCAAUGCAUACAUACCGGCACAUCUGGCGUUGCGUGUUGCUAUUUGUAUAUCAGCGGGAUGGAAUUGUGGAGAAGCCGCAGAUCUAGACCCACCUAGCCUAUACUUCAACAACAAAGAAAACAGUACCUUAUUG